GUGGCGCGGUGCGGCGCGGUGCGGCUGCGGGCGGCGGCCGGGCGCUCUGUACGCGCCGCCCGCGGGACUGCAGAGCCGGCUCCCGGCUGGCCGCCCGCACCCCGCCGCCGCCGCCGCCGCCGCAUCCCGCUGCCGGGAUUCUGCCGGUACUGGCCAUCACCCAGGAACAUGGAGGCUUCGGGUGCCCAUCUGGAAGGGCAACGUCACGCUACCUGAGGACAACCAGGAGGACCCCUGCUUUUGCUAAGCUGCUCAUCUUGCCUCCUUCCUUCCAAAGGCUCCAGAGCCAAUGCUGCUGUUCUCAAGUACCGCAUGACCCUGGCCAGGCACCCCACUGCCCCUGCAGCCCAGUCCAGCCCUAGAACUCACCUCCAGGACCUGGAGCCUGCCCUCCUGCCCAGAAUGACUCACCAUUAUUUCUAGCUCAAGUGAGAAGACGUGAUGGGGAGUUGGGCUACUUAUUUGUGCAUCUAGGAUUCCUCAGCAUCUGAUCAGCUUUGCAAAGAGAGAGCCUCAGGUUCCUGCCUGGUCAGCCAAGGGAGGCUGUCUCUCCAGCUCUCAGGGAGCUCACGGAGCUCUCCUGCAGCAGUGCAGGCCAAUGCUGCUGUGUUUCCUGGAGCCACUAGCAGCACCCUGAGCUCCCUGCCACCAGGCAGCUGGAAGGCGUAGUGUGAAGCGCUCCUCUCAGUCCUAAUUAUGACAGUGGCCACCGGAGACCCAGUGGAUGAGGCUGCCGCCCUCCCUGGGCACCCACAGGACACCUAUGACCCAGAGGCAGACCACGAGUGCUGUGAGAGGGUGGUGAUCAACAUCUCCGGGCUGCGGUUUGAGACUCAGCUAAAGACCUUAGCCCAGUUUCCAGAGACCCUCUUAGGGGAUCCUAAGAAGCGGAUGCGGUACUUUGAUCCCCUUCGAAAUGAGUACUUUUUUGAUCGAAAUCGCCCUAGCUUCGAUGCCAUUUUGUACUAUUACCAAUCUGGGGGCCGGUUGAGGCGACCUGUGAACGUGCCCUUAGAUAUAUUCUCUGAAGAAAUCCGGUUUUAUGAGCUAGGAGAAGAAGCGAUGGAGAUGUUUCGAGAAGAUGAAGGCUAUAUCAAGGAGGAAGAGCGUCCUCUGCCGGAAAAUGAGUUUCAGAGACAGGUGUGGCUUCUCUUUGAAUACCCUGAGAGCUCGGGGCCUGCCAGGAUUAUAGCCAUUGUAUCUGUCAUGGUAAUUCUGAUCUCGAUCGUCAGCUUCUGUCUGGAAACAUUGCCUAUCUUCCGGGAUGAGAACGAAGAUAUGCACGGUGGUGGGGUGACCUUCCACACCUACUCCAACAGCACCAUUGGGUACCAGCAGUCCACCUCCUUCACCGACCCUUUCUUCAUUGUGGAGACUCUCUGUAUCAUCUGGUUCUCCUUUGAAUUUUUGGUGAGGUUCUUUGCCUGUCCCAGCAAAGCCGGUUUCUUCACCAACAUCAUGAAUAUCAUUGACAUCGUAGCCAUCAUUCCCUACUUCAUCACCCUGGGGACAGAGCUGGCUGAGAAACCAGAGGACGCCCAGCAGGGCCAGCAGGCCAUGUCCCUGGCCAUCCUCCGUGUCAUCCGGUUGGUAAGAGUCUUUAGGAUUUUCAAGUUGUCCAGACACUCCAAAGGACUCCAGAUUCUAGGUCAGACCCUCAAAGCCAGCAUGAGAGAAUUGGGCCUCCUGAUAUUCUUCCUGUUCAUUGGGGUCAUCCUUUUCUCUAGUGCUGUCUAUUUUGCCGAAGCCGAUGAGCGAGAUUCCCAGUUUCCCAGCAUCCCAGAUGCCUUCUGGUGGGCAGUCGUCUCCAUGACAACCGUAGGCUAUGGAGACAUGGUUCCAACUACCAUUGGGGGAAAGAUAGUGGGUUCCCUGUGUGCAAUUGCAGGUGUGUUAACCAUUGCCUUACCGGUCCCUGUCAUCGUGUCUAAUUUCAACUACUUCUACCACCGGGAGACAGAGGGAGAGGAGCAGGCCCAGUACUUGCAAGUGACAAGCUGUCCAAAGAUCCCAUCCUCCCCUGACCUAAAGAAAAGUAGAAGUGCCUCUACCAUAAGUAAGUCGGAUUACAUGGAGAUCCAGGAGGGAGUAAACAACAGUAAUGAGGACUUUAGAGAGGAAAACUUAAAAACAGCCAACUGUACCUUGGCUAACACAAACUAUGUGAAUAUUACCAAAAUGUUAACCGAUGUCUGAUUGGAAACUAUUAACAUAACUCACAGCUCCACAGGACUAAUGCAGACAUUGCAUAAUAGCCUGCAUUGUAGUCAGUGUGUUCUACAGUGUGCAUCUGAUUCUGCAUGGAAAGCAAUAGUCGUGCCAGUGACUUUUGAUAUUUGAUUUUUGAUUUAGAACACAGAAUAUCUAUCAUGGCUUUCAUGCAAAUCUUCAUCACGUUGACUUACGGGUUUCCAAAGAUAAGAGUCACCUAUGGAGCCAGGAUUUCAGAAAGACACAUCAAGGCCACUUAUAUCCCAUACACAUUCAACCAUAUUAGUGCCACCCUUCCUUCCUAAUUAAAUGUACACAACACCUGGGAGAUAUGCUCCCCUCCCCCUCCCCUACCACCCCACUCCAGCCCACCUGCCCCUCAACAGAGGAACACCAUCAUGGCUUAGCUUUAAAACUCUGGUGGCUAUUCAAAAGGUCAUUCCCUUUUUUGUAUUGAAAGGAACACACAGUCCUAUGUGUCAGAAUUACUAUCUGUGUCAUAGGCUGAGGUUUGUCAACUGCACUUACCAAGUAGAUACUCCAGAGGCCUGUGUUUCAUAAUGGGAAACGCUGCAUUCUGCUUUCUCUCUGCAGUGUCAAAGUGAGGGAAGCCCGGGGGAGGGACAGUUAGUGUGACCAAAUAUGAGUUGUCAAGUUUCACAUUUAUUCCCUUAGGCUUCGGGGAGAAGCUACCCAACCAAGGGACCUCUCAGCUUCAGAUAUCACCAUUUUUGCAGGCUUCGGGGUCACAAAAACAUGUCUGAUUUCUUUGUUUACACUGGAGUUUGCAGACAUCUGCUUUCCUAGUGAUGUGGCCCAGCUAUACUGACACUGCAGUGACAUUUACCAGUGAUGCCAUUGAGCUGCAUGGGUGUUCGUUGCAUGACUCUUGAUAUUUAAAACACAGGAGAUAACCUAUUUUCUUAGUAGUCUACACAGUAUUCAUAUUUAGAAUAUUAAUAGCAUUGGGAUGGUAUCAAACUAGGGGUUUUUUUCCCAUUAGAAGGCAAAAGUCCUCCAUCAGGAAAAGAAAAUAGACUAUUUGAAAUGGGGAACCAAAACUUCUGGCCCUCCAGCCCACCCAUCUCUGUUCUUUCAGUGGGAGUCCAGAUCUCUGUGAAGCCAGGAGAACAAGCAGGGAAAUUAGAGUCUAAACACUCACAGAAUAUACUUUAAGAGUUAACUGAGUCAUAGGCAGAACUGCACAGCUGACCAAAGCAUUGGUCUGAGGACAUGCAGGUCUGUGGAUCCAGUGUA